ACACUCUCGCAUGGCAGGAGGAAGAGGACAUUCACCUGUCAGUCCCACUCUGAAAAGAAGUUCGGAUAUGACCAAGUUCCCUGUGACGAGAACAGAACAGCUGCUGAGGAUAGACGACCACGACUUCAGCAUGAGGCCUGGCUUUGGAGGACCAGCCAUCCCAGUAGGGGUAGAUGUUCAAGUGGAGAGUCUGGACAAAAUAUCAGAGGUUGAUAUGGAUUUCACCAUGACACUCUACUUGAGGCACUACUGGAAGGACGAGCGUCUCUCGUUUCCCAGCAACAAGAACCAAAGCAUGACCUUCGACAGUCGUCUCGUCAAAAAGAUCUGGGUGCCCGACAUGUUUUUUGUACACUCCAAGAGGUCGUUCACACACGACACCACCACAGAUAACGUCAUGCUGAGAGUGUUCCCUGAUGGCAAAGUCCUCUACAGCCUCAGGGUGACGGUCACAGCCAUGUGUAGUAUGGAUUUGAGCAGAUUUCCGCUGGACACACAGACGUGCUCUCUUGAGAUCGAGAGUUAUGCAUACACGGAUGAUGACCUAAUGCUUUACUGGAAGAAAGGGAACGAGUCACUUCAGACAGACGAGAGGAUUUCUGUUUCUCAGUUCCUGAUACAGAAGUUCCACACCUCCACAAAGCUGGCGUUUUACAGCAGCACAGGGUGGUACAAUCGACUCUACAUCACCUUCACUCUGCGACGCCACAUAUUCUUCUUCCUGCUGCAAACCUACUUCCCCGCUACGCUGAUGGUCAUGCUGUCUUGGGUGUCCUUCUGGAUCGACAGGCGGGCUGUUCCUGCCAGAGUGCCUUUAGGAAUCACCACAGUGCUGACCAUGUCCACCAUCAUCACUGGAGUGAACGCCUCCAUGCCGCGCGUCUCCUACAUCAAGGCUGUGGACAUCUACCUGUGGGUCAGCUUCGUGUUUGUCUUCCUUUCGGUGAUAGAAUACGCAGCUGUUAACUACCUCUCAACCGUGCAAGAGCGGAAAGAAAGGCAACUACAAGAGAGGCUACCAUGUACAUGCAGCCUUAGCCACGCCAAUCAGCUGAUGAUGCUGAGCAACAGCUACAGUGACAUGGACGCCAAUGCCACAGGCAACUAUGGGAUGGCUGAGGACAUGAACCAUCACAGCACCACAGGGAACUACAGGAUGCCGGGUGCCAAUGGGGUCACGCGAGAGAGGCUUAUGGUGCAACUGGCGAUGGCUGGCGGCACACACCACCAUGACGGGGCCACACACCACCACGGCACCUCGAGAGCAUACAGCAGCAGCAGCAGCACGUGGAUCGACACACACACCAUAGACAAGUACUCGCGGGUCAUUUUCCCCGGGGCUUACACACUCUUCAACAUUGUAUAUUGGUCCAUCUAUUUAUAACAUUUCUACCACUGUACAGAUACUGAAAUGUAGAAUCAAUGAAAUGUGAUUUGCAUGAUGUAAAGACGCUAUACAUGAUAUUUGUGCCAUUUUAUAUAAUGCAUUCACUAUAAUGAAAUUUAAAAAUCCCAAAGAAGAGUAAGGAAAUAGUCCUACUAACCAAAGUAUAUGAAUGCCAUUGCAGGGACCUCUGCCUAGCUUUCCCCUGCCACCCUAGAAUUCACAAAUUUGCCUCCCUCUGCCACAACAACAAACUCACAACAUACUGCCCAGUCUGCUAAACGUCUUUAAUGGUUAUAAACAUACUGGCCAGUCUGCUACAUGUCUGGUUAUUAUACAUUUUUGAUGGACAACAUGCAUUUCCUCACAAGCUUCCUUUUACCACAUGGACACUUCAAACUGGGACAAAAAUCAUGUAUGGUGCCUUUAAUUUAUAUUAAGUCAAUUCAUAUUCAUCAUGGUGCGUCUUUAAGUUAUGGCAGAAAAUAAUUGCAAUUUAUUGUACAUUACCCUAUCAUUGCGAUACAACUGACUUUGAAUCUGAUUGUGAUUCUGAUUGUGCAGUGUUUGUAUUAUUGACUCCAUUGAAUGACUUGAGCAGUAAAUGUUACAAGCAAUAAUGGUGGCUCUUUACGUGGUUCCUUCAUUUUUCUAUCAUAAUGCUUGGCAUGCCAAUUUCAGAGAACACUUCAAUCAACACAUCUGCUCCUUAAAAUGUAAGCUUUCAGGCGUCUUCAAUGCACAGUUCAGAUUGUUCCUGGUUUAUUUACACCCUAUUGCCGAUAUUCAUUUUCCUAGUUUUACUCAAAUUUUCUCAAAUUGUGGUGUAUUUUUUCUAAAUAAUGUAAUGUAAUAUGUUAUGAGAUAUGCAAGGCUGCUGUAUUUGUACUGUGACUAGUACAAGUACUGUAUUUAAUUGGUGAGAAAACAUGAGCAAAAAGCAGCUCUUUGUGUCUACGUACAUA